AUGAUCGAAAGUGGAAUUACUACCAAUAACAGGAUGUCAGGAAUUCUUGAAGGUUCUGGACAGAGUCGCCAUCCCUCUGCGCAUGAUUACAGGCUCCUGACCACAGACCCCAGUCAGCUGAACAAGGAUGACCUGCCCGGUGACCUCCAGUCUCUUUCCUGGCUCACCUCGGUGGACGUUCCCCGUCUGCAACAGAUCGGAAGCAGCCGACCAGACUUCAGUGUCUCCUCCCAAAACGGCCUGCUGGAGCGGCAGACAGCGCAACUAAAUAUGGCAGUGACUGGUGGAGCAGGCUCCAUGAUUCACCUGCAGAGUAACAUGCAGCACAGUCCACUGGGAAUGACUAACAUGGCACAGUUUUCACAAGGAUUCCAGUGUCCUGCUUCAGUGUACCAACCAACCCCACAGCAAGUGUUAACUUUGACCCAGGCAAGCCAGCAGUGUUCUCCUGGAGGACUUUACAGCAACUACAGCAACCAAAACAUGUUCCCCCAGCCACAUAUUACAACACAUAAUCAGGAUCUGCAACCUAAGUCAUUCCCCAAACCCAUCUACUCUUACAGCUGUUUGAUUGCCAUGGCUCUGAAGAACAGCAAGACUGGCAGCCUCCCAGUCAGUGAAAUCUACAGCUUUAUGAAAGAGCAUUUCCCUUACUUCAAGACAGCACCGGAUGGCUGGAAAAACUCGGUCCGACACAACCUGUCCCUGAACAAGUGCUUUGAGAAGGUGGAGAACAAAAUGAGCGGGUCCUCACGGAAAGGUUGCCUGUGGGCACUCAAUCCGGCCAAGAUAGACAAGAUGGAGGAGGAGAUGCAGAAAUGGAAGCGCAAAGACCUUCCCGCCAUACGUCGUAGCAUGGCCAAUCCAGAUGAACUGGACAAGCUGAUCACAGACCGGCCAGAGAACUGCAGAAGAAAGCCAGUCGACCCCAGUGUGACCAGGCUUCCUACCUGUCCACCUGGCCCAGGUCUUCCCAUGACUGCCCAGCUCCAGCCCCAGCCCGUGGUUACCCUGUCUCUACAGUGCCUACCCAUGCAACAGCACCUCCAGCUGCAGCUCCAUAACCAGUCCAGGCUUGCCCCCUCUUCUCCGGCCCCAGCCCAGACUCCACCACUCCACACCGUACCAGAUAUCACCCACAGCCCACUGGCUCAACACAUAGACAAGCAGUCCCAGGAGUUCUACAGCCAACACGCUGACGUCAACUCAGAGGUCGAUACACUGGAUCCGAGCAUUAUGGACUUUGCCCUGCAAGGAAACCUGUGGGAGGAGAUGAAGGAUGACAGCUUUAACCUGGAGGCUUUGGGCACGCUCAGUAACUCUCCUCUCCGUCUGUCCGACUGCGACCUGGAUACAGGCAGCCUCACUCCUGCUUCCAGCGCAAGCAGCCUGCCGUACUCCGACCUGCAGGUCACCAGCCUGUACACCUCUUACGCCAGUCUGGACACCCUCUCCUCUCAAUGCAUGGGGGGCCAAGGUGGCACCAAGCCCAUUGUCCUGCUAUAA